GAACAGAAAUUGCUUGAAAGAUGCUGAUAAUAAUGUUGAAACCGCGUUAUUAAGUUUAGAUAUGGAAAUGGAUUCGCUCAACAAACUUGACCGACAUUUGACUGUGAACAUGGAUCAAGAUGAUUACAAUGCAAUUCUUGUUGAUGAUGCUCACGCUCCCUUUGUGAUGUCUCCCCCCGAUACUAGUAGUAAUCCUGAUGAUAAUCUAUCCGUCUAUACUUCAACUCCUUCUCCUGUGCUCACCUCUUCCACUACUUCGGCCAUCCCAAUUCCCGUGUCCUCUGCUUCAAACAAUUAUAACCCUCCUUUAACUACGUCUCCAACAAAUUGUCAUUAUGAAUUCAUUCCAACCUCUGAGGGAUUCAGAUUAAAUCCACAAGCAUUAAAGAGGAAUUAUGUUAAUAAUAUUUCCGGAAAACCUAUGAUGUAUAAUGAUCGUUCCUUUGCCAUCCCUGUGUCUCGUUCUCAAAUUUUCAAUUCUACUGACGUGGAAUUACCAGAUUCAUUGUCCUCAUCGGUGACAACUGCAUCUACCAAUACUCAAUAUCCAUUAACUUUUAAUCCCGCGUUUGAUCAAACAUCUCUCGAUUAUCCUGGUUCUUUAAUAAGUUCUUCGGCUCCAGCUUUUUCCUAUGCAAAUUAUUGUGAAAUGGCUGCCUCUGAUGGCUUAAAUGAUAAUAAUUCUAUUUCAUAUAAUCAAUCAACUGCUAGCACUCCUAUUACUCCUGCCGAUAAUCCAGGAAUUUUCCUUGAUCUUAAUGCUGGAAAUGAUAUUGGUGCUGAUGGCUUUUUCAACAUUUAUUUCAUGCAGGGUAACAAUCCUCAUAUCAAUCCCUCGCAAUUACUGUCAACGUCACCUAGUGCUUUUUAUGAAUUUAUUCAAGAUCAAAAUUCUGGUGGAAAGAACAAAUGUUCUAAUUCCUUUGAAUUUGAUGUAUUAGGUAGUAGUCAUAGUGCUAAUAGUCCUUCUUCAAAAAUAAAAAGACAUUCGUUGGAUGACUCAACUUUAGUUGAUACGAACUGUAUAAACAAGAACAAUUCUUUGAACUCUUCUCCAACUUUAACUAGUGGUGGUGAAGGAUCUGAGUCUGAAACUUCAAAUUCGAUACCAUGUAAAAGACAAAGACCGUCUUCUCGCACGUCAUUGUCAUCUAUUCCGACAAAUA